UUUACGUAGUUAAAUAAUAAUGUUUGCGAAAAUAGCAGUGGUACUUUCAAUGUGUGCUCUACAAGUUAUUUGUUUUGAUCUCGGCGGUCCUGCAGGGUUUAUGGCCGAUUGUCCAGGAAUGAACCGCAGCACCAAGCUGUCAGAGCGCACCAAAAGGUCUCAGUCGGUAGUAGUGAUUCGGCCCUCGAGUGGGAUCCUGUCAAGCCUCAUCGCAGAGAAGCGGUGCAGCAUCAGUGCCAGUGGCGCUGAGUGCACUGCGGACCACAUCGACCUGUCGAAAAGGAAGACACAGGUGGUGAUCGGCGGUUACCUCAAUUCGGCGUCGUCUAUACUAGUCCGCUCAGUGGUGCAGCCUUAUCUGGACCUCGGCCGCAACGUCAUCGUGGUAGAAAUCUUCCCUCUGCUUCUACGCACAUACCCUGUGGCAGCUCGAGUGACAAGGCCGUUCGGCGCGCUUAUAGGCGAGUACCUCGCAUCGCUCACUGAGCACGGACUGACGGCCAACCGACUGGAACUGCUGGGAGCCAGCUUGGGCGCACACAUAGCUUCAUACGCAGCUGAGAAGUUCUGGGAGCUGACUGGGACGAGGCUGGCUAGACUAUCAGCUCUAGACCCAGCAGGGCCGUGUUUCCGCAACCUGCCGUACCUGCAUCGACUGAACCACCACGUGGCGAGGCGAGUGGACGUGCUGCACACAAACAUUGACGGCUUCGGCAUAGCGGACCCCUUGGGCCAUGUCGAUUUUUACGCUAAUGGAGGAGAGUAUCAACAUGCGAUAAAGAAGGAAUUCCUUCUACCGUGUCUCGUAUACUGCAGCCACACCCGUUCCGCCUUUUACUGGAUAAAGGCGUUCAUGAACCCUGAGAAGUUCAUCGCCGUCCGCUGCGACUCCGUGGCGAGGGCGCGACGAGGCGACUGCUACCGGACCAACGUCACCACAAAUCUUCUUGGACCCAAAACGGACUUCAAAAAACCAGGAAUAUAUUACCUUCCUACCAACGGAGCACCCCCCUACUACAGAGGCAAAGACGCCCUCAAAGCACGAAGCCUCGGCUCCAACACAUACCUCCUAAGAGUAGCCCCCGACGAGGACAUAAUUCUCUGACAAAUAAAACACGAAAAUACAUUUGGAGCGUUUUAUUUCAUUUCAUUACAAUAUGCAAAACAACAACUACUUAUUAUGUUUCGUUACGCCGAAAUUCAACUCCUACAUUCGUAUAAAACUAUCUAAAGUACAUUAUAUACAGUGGUUAUCAAUUCAGUCGAAAAUCACUAAAAGCUCUCGAGUGAACUAGUUUGCUCUCGACUCGGUUUGAGCAAAUAUUGGAAGCCAUUUAUAGAUAUUCGAUGUUGUUCACAUCGGUCUGAUAUUGACACAAUUUUAUUUAUUGGUUGCGAUUGUAAGCACACGUAAUACUUCAUUGAUUGAAUGAAAACACAUUAUUAAUACUAUGAAAAUGAAAUUCAAAAAUAAUAAAGCGUUUUUCAGUAAUUGAUCUAAAUUCAUAUAAAUAUUAAUUUACAAAAUAAAGAUUAACAUCAUAAUUAUGAUUUCCAAUAAAUAGUGAAUCUAAAAAUAAUACAAUUCCAAUAAAAUAGACGUGUCGGCAACACAGUAACAAACGUAUGAUAUUUCCUCGCAUAUCACUUGUAUGUGAACACCAUGCAAACCUCUAAGGAUGCGACAGCUCAUUCAGAUCUCAAAUGACCGCUAACUAGCUAAUUAAU